CGGGCCCAAGGCAGCCGCGCCGAGGCAGGAUGUUCACGUCCAAGUCCAACUCGGUGUCACCCUCGCCGUCCCUGGAGCAGACUGACUCGGACGCACUGGACAUCAGCACCAAAGUGCAGCUCUACGGUGUGCUGUGGAAGCGGCCUUUCGGGAGGCCGUCAGCCAAGUGGUCCCGGAGGUUUUUCAUCAUCAAAGAAAGCUUCCUUCUUUACUACUCUGAGAGUGAAAAAAAGAACUUUGAAACUAAUAAAUACUUCAAUAUCCAUCCUAAGGGUGUCAUCCCUCUGGGGGGCUGCCUGGUGGAGGCCAAGGAAGAGUCCAGCAUGCCCUAUGCCAUGAAAAUCUCCCACCAGGACUUCCAUGGCAAUAUCUUGCUGGCUGCCGAGUCCGAGUUUGAGCAGACGCAGUGGCUGGAGAUGCUGCAGGAGUCUGGGAAGGUGACUUGGAAGAAUGCCCAGUUGGGAGAAGCCAUGAUCAAAAGCCUGGAGGCCCAGGGGCUGCAGUUGGCCAAGGAGAAGCAGGAGUAUUUAGACAAACUGAUGGAAGAGACUGAAGAACUGUGCCUUCAGAGGGAGCAGAGAGAGGAGCUCGAGCGCCUCAACCAGGUGCUGGAGGCCGAGAAGCAGCAGUUUGAGGAGGUGGUGCAGGAGCUGAAAACGGAGCAAGAACAGAUCAGGAGAGAGCUAGAACUGACCGCAAGAUGCCUCAAGGGUGUGGAGCAAGAGAAAAGGGAGCUGAGGCACUUUACGGAGUCCCUGCAGCAGACGCUGGAGGAACUCUCCAUAGAGAAGAAGAAAACCUUGGAAAUGCUGGAGGAGAAUGAGAACCAGCUGCAGACACUGGCCAAUCCGAGUGAGCAGCCCUCUCCCAGCGGGGGUCUCCAUAGCAACCUCAGGCAGAUUGAGGAGAAGAUGCAGCAGCUCUUGGAGGAGAAGCUUCUGGCGGAGAAGCGGAUGAAGGAGAAUGAGGACCGCUCUCGGGCCCUGGAGGAGGAGCGUGAGUUUUACUCAAGCCAGUCCCAGGCGCUGCAGAACUCGCUGCAGGAGCUGACUGCAGAGAAACAGCAGGCUGAGCGGGAGCUCAAGGCUGAGGUGAAGGUCCGCAUGGACCUAGAAAGGCGUCUGCGGGAGGCAGAGGGGGCCUUGCGGAGCCUGGAACAGGGGCUCAACUCCAAGGUGCGGAACAAGGAGAAGGAGGAGAGGAUGCGUGCUGAUGUGAGCCAUCUGAAAACUGCCCCUGGAUCUUUGCGAAGGGUGGGGCAGGGCAGGAGGGAAGGGUGCAGUGGCACUGCGGCCGCAGGGUUCUUCGAGGAGUGCAUCCGGAACGCUGAGCUGGAGGCCAAGAUGCCGGUCAUCAUGAAGAACUCCGUGUACAUCCACAAGGCAGCCACGCGCCGCAUCAAGAGCUGCCGCUUCCACCGGCGCCGGUCCAGCACCUCCUGGAAUGACAUGAAGCCGUCCCAGUCCUUCAUGACCUCCCAGCUGGACGCCAACAACAUGGAGGAGCUAAAGGAAGUGGCCAGGCGGCUCAGCCGAGACCAGCGCUUCCGAGAAUCCAUCUACCACAUCAUGGCCACGCAGCCCGGUGCCCCGUCUGCGUUUCCCCGGGGCGGAAAGUGAUGGGCGCCUCUCCCCUGCCUGCCAAGCUUUUCUUCCUGGUGGGGGUGAGGCACGGGGACAACCGGGUGGGGUCCUGGCUCCUCUCCUCUCUCCUAGACUGGAAUGCCACCUGCGGGCCAGCCUCAACCUCAAAGGGCAGGAAUGCCACCUUACUCACCCCCUGCCAGGCCCUACCCUUGGGGGUUUCAAUAGGCAGGCGUAGGCAAGCUGGGUGCUGCCUGGUUGUCCCUGGCUGUAUGUGGAGACUUUUUUUGGUUGGGGAGUGGGCAGGCCCACAGCUCUCUCUUGCGCCCACUCCACUGUAUGUCUCUGACCCUGCCUUCCUGUCCCGUCCUCCUGUAUAAAGGCCUCCUAUCCCCACCUUGACACCUGCUCACCCUGCGGUUUUCUAACCUUCUCUUACCUUCUGAGACCCAGAGACACCGUUCAGCCAAGGCCGCUCACUUGUACCACAUCAUAGGAUAGGGAGGAAAAAGAGACGCGGCUCAGCUGCUUGUGGCAUGUGGCACACCACGCUUGCUGUCCCCUUUCCUCGGGUUUGGCCCUGGCUGUGGGACUGCUCACUUGAUCCCCCUUCCGCUGAGCACACCCAUUUGCAGUCUCAGCGCCCAAGAAGGUGAUGAGACCCCCCCCCAUCCCCCCACACGCUGCAUUCCUCCUCAUAUGUACCUAGGGCUUUGGGCCCUGGCUGGGAGCUGGGGCCAGCAGCCACAACUCCCAGGGCUCUCCCAGAGGACAGGUAGCAAGCUCAGGCUCCUGCAUUAUCUGCUGCUGUUCGGCCAUCUACUCCUGCCUCUGGCUGUGGUGGCCCCACUGGUCCAUGGGAUCACAGGUUUCUCCUUCUCAGCUCUGCCUGCUACAGUACCUUAUCACCUCCUUCCCUGCAGCGGUUUUACCCAGUGAAGCAAUGUAACCAGGAACUCUUGAAGAUGGGGGUCUGGACCUGUGAUAAGGCCAGUAGCCACUGGUUGUCCCGUGUACCCUCACCACUGCCCAAGGUGGUCUGUGGGUAUGUGUUUCUCACCAGAGGACAGUCGCUCUUCUCUUAGGCCCACCCUUCAUAGCCACCUGAGUCUGUUGGUCUCUUUGGAAAAGGCAUUUUUUUUUUUACCUGGGAUCCCUGGUGUCUCUGGGUCCUCAGGGUCACUGGUGGUAUUAAAGGUGCUGAUUCUUUGCUGCUUCAAAAACACCGCAAGGAGCCUAAUCUGAGCGGUUAGGCUGCAGGCCCCCCUACCUAUUCUGUGGGAAGGAGAGUGUCACUGACUCAACACAGGCAUGUCCACUGCUUGGCCAGCCAAGGCCAGGAGGGCACGCCUUGCUCUGGGCUGCCUGUUGAAACUACUCAAGGAUGCCUUCAGCCAGGCUCUGCAGAGUCUAGGAAGGUACAGGAGUGGAGACACUUCAGAAUCAAUGCAUCUGAAUGGGACGAGUCUAAAUAUAAAAGCUUUAAUAUGUAUAAACUUGCAUAAACCUGGAACUCAUUUAUCUAACCUGUAUACAGGAUGAACUUUGAAAUGAGGAAGAUUUAUAAAAUCAAGGUUACUGUUUUAUUUUUGUUUUUAAGGAAUUUGAUUUCUUGUGGUUUGCACUUGGAGAAAGAUCUUUUGGAAAUUUUCAAAUGCAUUUUUUCCCCUGGGCAAGCUAUUAACCAGAAAGAAAAGUGCUCUUCCACGAAGUUCACCAAUCCCUACUUCCUUUCCUCCUAUUUCACCCUGUACUUUCCAUGCCUCAGGCAAGUCUGGGUUUUCAACCAUCUGAUCAAUCCUUAUGUAUUUAUUUGUUAAAAACUCACUAUAUACCUAGCAUUGUAAAUAGAAAAAGAGCAACAUAUCUGUAUGAAUGAGAAUGUGUAGGGGUGGGAAUUGCAUACUGGAAAUAAUAUUGAUCUGAUUUUUUUUUUUUAAACAAAGCCCUUAUUCCUUGGCCCAUUAAAUGUGUUUCCUGCAGUAUUGCUUGGUGUGUGGUCAUUGCUAAAGAGAUGUUGCCCCCUGCAGGCCAAGUGUAGAAUUACCGCAUUCCCUGCUCUAUCUUAAUAUGCACAUAGGUUUCUCCAAUGAGGAAGUACUCCCCACUGCUGGACCUCCUGGGAGGGGCUUCUUAAUAAUGAACUGAAAAAUCUGUUGCUACCCUGAGGUUCUGGCUGUUCCCAUGCAACAAGGACUGUCAGAUGAGUUGAGCACUGACCAAUGGGUCAGAAGAGACUGCACAGUGGGAAUAGCCUCAGGGAGUGUGGGUAAAAUCAUAGUAUUUCCAGAACAGCUUGCCUGGCUUUAGUGCAUCUGUGUAUCAACAGGUGUUCCUCAGGGGUGGAGAAAAGUAGUUCAUCUCCAUAUCAUCUGGGCUACUGAGGGCUUAUUUGAACCUGAGAGGUUAGGGAGAGGUCUUGUUUGCUUCUAUCAGAGCAGGAGAAAGAAACAGCCCAGGACCACAGUUUGUAAGCAAUAAUGGGUUUUAAACUUUAUUUCUCCCUUUGACUGAUUAUGGUUUUAGAGGAAUUUUGCCCUGGAUUUCCUCUCACAGGAGUUUCAGGGAGACAAAGGAUACCUUUCUGGGGCCUGCUAGUUUCAGAAUCCCCACUGGAAACUGUCAUGUUUGCUUGCUCUGAUGAGGAGCUCAUGCUUUUGGUUUGUAAUCAUAAGGGAGAAUGAGAAAUAGUGAUGACUGGAUUCUCCUCCUGUUUGCUUUGUUAUCUCUCCAUUCAUGGAUGAUCUAUCAUGCCCAGGAUUGCCCUGGUCUGUGCUGUCCCCAGCAUAAUUGUUAAUGGCUCCCACGUUGUUAUCACAAACAUCCCAGUUUGGAUGAUAAUUCUGUGGUCAUUCUGAUUGUAAAUUUUUUCCCCCAGUGAUAUGUUAAUGCGUGAGGCAAGAGAUUUGUAAAAAUUUUGGUUCUGUCCCUGCCCAGCAAACCGACUCUCGGAAUGAUCCACUGUCUGUAUUUGUCUCUAGAGGAAUGUAAUUACACACACACACACGCCCCCAUCUCCAGCCUAUCCCACCCAGCUCAGCUUGACCUGGGCAGCCUGUGGGUGCCCAGGUGUUGUCUGAGUGAAAUUUGGAGCCCACAAUGAACAGUGAUGGUGAAACAGAAAUUUGCUCAGGUCUCAGGGAGCCAACCAAGGAUGUGUCUAAUUUGGUCUAUGGGUAGUUAUUAAACACAUCAGACAAAGGGACUGCCCUGCAGUCCUCUGAUAAAGGCCAGCAGCCCCUGGGAAACCUGCACUUCUGUAAUGGACCAGGAUGAAACGCUCAGACCCCCAGGCUGCUGCACGGGCUCCCUGGAGACAAACUUUAAGUCUUGGACUCUUUGGGGGAAAUCUACUGACUUAUCUUGCUCCACCCCUGGUGAGUAAGGGAGAAAAGGUGUUCUUUCUUUUGUUUUUAAAAAUUGAGGUACAUACAAUAAAAUGCACAAUCUUAGCACCUUGAUGAAUCUUCACACAUGUAUACACACAUAACCAUCAUCCUGAUCAAGAUAUCAAAAAUUCUCAAUUUUCUAAUUUUCCCCAUCUCCCUACCCCCCUUCCCUAAGGCAACCACCAGUCUGUUUUUUGUAUC